AUGUAUAAUCGCAUCUCCACUCAGCCUUGGGCCCUACUCCAUACGAAGCCACCAAGGCAGCAAGGCAGUGCAACCGCGCCCGAUUACGCCCGUGAACCAAUCCGUUAUGAAGUUGAAGACAACGUUCUCGGAUUAUUGGCUCGGAUGAUAAACGAAUACGAUGGUCUCGUUAAUUUACCACGAUCUUCACAUUUCGUGGAGGCUUAG